AUGGCGGCGCCGAUGGUGGACGCAGUACCCAAGCAUGCGUUCGCGUACGACGGAGGAACGAUCAUCCUCACUGACGAGCACACGACGCUCUCCAAGUGUGGGAACCUCCUCAAGUUCUCGUCCAUUGUCAGCAACUCCCAGCACUUUCUCACGCGGUCCAAACCUACUCGCAUCACAGCUUUCGACGCGAACACACGAGCGUCGCACCUUGCGCUCGCGGCAUGCGAAGAGCACGCCGAAGUCUCUAUCUACUCGGUUCCUGAAAAGAAACUGCGCGGAAAGCUCAAGCUCGGUACAAGUCUAGUCUUUGAACACUACUUGGUCAAGUUUUCCCGGUGUGGGUCCCGCCUCUUGUCUGUGGGAACCACCCCCACCACCAACGAGCUGCGUGUGUGGGACGUCGACAAGUUCGACUUCAUCGACGGCUGCGAUGUCGAUUUGCCGACGCGCGUCGCAUUCGCGUCGUUCAAUCCACUGGACGCCCAAUGCUUUGUCACAGCUUCCACCGACGGCGGUGUCACAUUUUGGCGCGUUUGCCACGGCGUCCACGGCCGCAGCUGCUUUAGCCGCGUGGAUGGGACGACGACGGAUCCCAUGUUGUCGUCGUCUGCCCCGGAGACCCCGCAGCUAGGGACGAGUUCAUCCGGCCGCGCACUGCCGCCCACGCCUUCGUCUUCGGAUCUGUUCAAGCCGGACGUUGCCGGUACUGCCGACGAUUCGACCUGUUGUCGGUAUGUGGGCCAUUGCUGGUCGAAAACUCCAGGGCACGUCUACCUCGUCAACCAACGCAGUGAGCUCGUCACGAUGGACUCGACGACGGGCGCGGUCGUGUCCCGCGUGCUGCCGCUGUCUAGUUCGCCUGUGGCUGCCACAGCAUUGGUGCUCACAAGCGAGAGCCUCGUCGUGGGCUUCUCCGACGGCACGAUCCGGUGGCUCGCGUCCGACGACCUCUCGCUCGUGCUUCAGACCACCACGUUACCGCACCCGAUCACGACCUUGGCGUUGUCCCCCGCGUGCGUCGUGCUGGUCGCGGGUACCGCGCACGGAGGUCAGUUUGAGCUCAAGGCGUACGUGGACUCGUUCGACGACGACGGGACGGCCGCCAACGGUCCGGAAAAGCAGCAGCAGUCGACGAUACCCGCCACCUCCCUUGGCAUCAGCCACACUGGCGCCAUCGUGGCCGUGACGACGCUUCUUCCGGCAGGCGGCACCACCAACGACGCCGCCCUCGUCUCUGGGGGGACAUCCGGCUUGCUGCAUGUGUGGACUGUCGUGGGGUGUCGCGGGGUGGCCGCUGUGGACCUCGCCGACCUCUUUGACCCGUCGGCGACGUCUGGAGCAUCCUCCAUAUUCGCGUCGAGUCCGUUCCCACGCAGUGGGACGGACGGGUCGUCUGCCGGCGUCACGUCCGUGGGGGGAGGACGUGUGCCGAUUGUGAGCCUCGCCGCGCGGUACUUGGACCCGAUCGUGCUAGUUGGCGAUGCCGUCGGGCGACUUCGCAUCGUCGGCUUGAGCAAAUCCGCCACCCCGUCGCCGUCGUCCACGGUGGAUCUGUCGCCCCUGCACACGGUCCGGCUCUUCUCCGCGGAAGCCCCCAUCGACCUCUUGGAACUGCAUCCGUCGCUGCCGCUCGUCCUCGCCGCGUCGUCCGUGGCGUCGGCGGUGUUUGUCGUGUCCUUGGAGCCGGACAAGCAGUUCCGCGUCCUCGCGUUUGUCCACACCUCGAGUCCGCCCCAGCUGGUCAAGUGGGUACCCACAUCGAGUCUCGAAUCCACCUACUUUGUCGUGACAACGACGGCGGCUGCUUCGGGGGACGGGUCCGGCAUCGGGUACGUCCUCGUCCCCAACAACCUGGACGACCGCAUGGCGACGGAGCUGCCGGUGGCGCCGCUGGGGGCGUCGCCGCACCUCCCCCUCGAGUGUCACGGCGGCGCGUUCCUGCUCACACCAGGAAAGCUGCUUGCGUACUUCAACCGCGGGGAUAAGGGGCUGCACCUGGUCAAAGUAUACGACGCCCCGGGGGCCCCCAAAGACCGUGAGCUCAAGACCCUCGUCCCCCUCGCCCACGCCAAGCCCAUCACGGCCGUGGCGCGGAGCAUCCUGUCGUCCAAGGAAGGCCACGAAAUUGUGGCCACGGGCGGCGCGGAUGGCGUGGUGACCAUCUGGCUGGUCCAGACCAAGCGGUCGUCCAGCGCCGUGUUCCUCAAAGAUGUCGAGAUCGACGUCCGCAAGCAGAAGAGUCUGGUGGUGCAUGCCGGUGCGGUCACGGCCCUUGUGUUUGCCAUGUGCGACGACGCGCUGUACGUGUACUCGACGGGAACGGACGGCGCGGUGUUCUGCCUCGACGUGCAUGUGACGGACGUCGUGUCGUUGGUGCUGGUCAAGAGCGUCGCAGAGGGCGCGAGUCCGCUGUAUGCGGCGGUCGUGGGCAAAGACAAGCAACCGCGGGGGACGGCGGCGGACAAGAAGCAGCCGCUCCUCGUGCUGACCGAAGACCCCAAGCCCUUCUUGGACACGUACGCAGAGGAGCAGGCGGCGCUCGUCCGGGCCAAAUUCGAGGCGGUUAAAGACACGAUCCGUGGCCCUCUGGCGGAGAUCCAACUCAAGCUCAAGACCAUGCUGCAGCACAACGCCGAGCUGCCUGAGGCCGAGGCGCUAGACCGGCACGAGUUUGUCGUCAACGAGAGGCAGGAGGCGGACGUGCUCGCGCAGAGCGACACCCGCGCCAAGGAGGUCCGGCGCAACAUCAGCCGCCAAAUCGCCGAGCUCAACAUCGUCCGCGACCGGAUGCGCGUCGAGUUCUGGGACUCGGGCGACGUGCACGGCGUCCAGCUGCACGGGCUGAACUCGUCGUUGCAUGUAGUGAACCUGCCCAUGCGCAAGUUGAGCAAGGCUGACGUCCGCCGCUUCGAGAUGAUCCUGCGGCUGCGUGAGAUCGAGUUCCACUCGGCGGUCGCGGAGCCCACGGGAACCAAGCAGUACUCGCUGCAUCGCCGCAAGUCGUGCAUGUACCACCACGGGGAGAUCAUCCCCCCCAACAUCACGUGGAUGGUGAACGCUGGCUUGUUGCAUCCGUCGCUCAAGAAACUGGGUGGAGACUCGGGGGGAGGCGCGGCUGGUGGGGGGGCGGAGAAGGGAGGUGCCGCGGGGGCAGGAGCCAAGACUACAACUCCUGCGUCCUCCAAAGAGUCCGCUGGCGCAUCGGCGGACGACGGCCAGACGACGUCGGCGUCACCCCGCCUCGUCGACUUGAUCUACCACCCAGCGAUGAUCCGGACCCGCAAACAGCAGCGCACGCAAAUCCACCUCUUGCAAGCGUACGAACGGCACUUGGUGACGGCGUACAAUGGCGAGUUCGACGCGUUGGUCAAGCUCAAGGAAGCCAAAAUCGACGAGAUCGAGGGCAAGUACGGACGGAUGCGCGAGAUCUGCGCCGAGUUGGGGGUCGAUGCCGCCGCCGUGACCGUCGUGUAUCGGUGGCACCCGGACGAGGUGGCCGACUCGAUGAUGCGGCUGCUGCCCGGGGAAGCGACCAAGGUGCCGUACGAGACGGACGAGCGGCGCAAGGUGCGCGAGGCGGCGGAGGAUGCCGCGAGGCUCCAGGAGGAAAAGAACAAGAAGGACGACGUGGCUGGCCGAGCACUGAACGACAUGAUGAACGGGACGCUCGAGACAAAGAAGGAGGCGAUCGCGGCGCAGACGGUGGCGCGGGAGGCGUGGAUGGACGAGAUCGCGGCGGAGGACAUGACCGCCGAGCAGAAGCAGAAGGUGGCGGCGUUCGAAGCCGAUGCGGUCAAGCUGGUGGACGACAAGGAGAAGGCGCGCAAGGCUCUCGACUUGGAGCUGAAGAAGCUCAAGGUGGAUGUGGGCGACAUUUGCAAGGCGUUUGACGACAAGCUCAAGGGGUUGCAUGAUUUGUACCUGGCGACGCGAAUGAGUGUCCUCACGCAGCAAAUGUAUGUCCUCCGACUGGGCGAAGUGCUCAUGGACCACGAACAUUGCUGCCACGAAAAGGAGUUGCUGCAGCGAGAAAUUGACCACAUCACGGCCGACAUUCACAGCUUGCAAGCUGAUGCUGCUCAGUUUACGGCCCAAAUGGAAGCCUGUCGAGACGCGUGGCAGCAUGCUGUGGACGAGGACAAAGCGUGCGAGAAGGCGUUCCCCAAAGAAAUCGAAGACGCCGCAGGGGGAACCCCCCUCGAGCACGACGUGAUGAAGGCCCUCGUGGAGCUGUACCGGAAGCGGCGCCCCCAGGGCGACGAGGACGACUCGUCCAGGCCGGGGAAGGGGGGCGGGCGGAAGGAAGGGGGGGGGUCCAUGCGCGCACUGAGCAUUUCAAGCAACGUGGGGGAUGGAGGUAAUCUGGACCCGUUUGGGCACGCGGACCGCCGCAAAGCGCCUUCGACCAAGGGCGGGUUCGAAGUGAAGCGGCUACUGCCACUAGAUCCGGACGUGGACCGUCCGGAAUCGAUCGCGACCGACUCGGCUGUGUGGAGCGUCCUCAACGAGUGCCGCGUCAAGAAGAUGACGUUAGAGCAUGUGGUUAAGCUCAAGAACGACUUGUACGUCGAGGCCAAAGGUGUGGCGGACGCGACGCAUGCCAAGGUGGCGGCCCUCGAGGACAAAGCCGACCGGUACGCCCGUGCCCUGCACGAGUUAGUGGACACGAUGGACCUGAACAGCGAAAACCAUCCCGUGCUCGUGCAGAUCAAACAGGGUCAGGACGAAGCGAGCGGCGGCGAUGACCUUGUGACACUGUUCGAAGAGACAGAGAGCGCGCUGCUCAUCUCGCGGCGUAGCGUCGAAGCGCUCAACGCGACUAUUAUGGUGCACGGCACGGACCAAGUGUCUAUCCUGAGCAAGAUCCAAAACUUCCGCAAGAACAUCAACUUGAUGGAAUGGGAGCACGCGUAUCUGGACAUGCAGAAGCGCAACAUGGAGGACCACUACACGGACCUGCAACUGCUUCGCGUGACCAAGAACCUCCAAGAACUUAUUACGACCGGCGACGCCAGCGAAAAGCAAAAGGUGGAGCAGGGAUUGCUCGAAGCCAAGCUCGCGUACAUGGGCAAGAACCACCACGUGCACCAGCUCAAGCAAGCCAAGACGACGCAAGCGCUAAGAAGCCAGCUUGGAGACCGACUCAAGGAGAACGACCAGUUCAAACGGCAGCUGCAGGACCUCCAGACACACAUUCAUAUCCGCGAAGACAUCGUCGCGAGCCGACGGGCGUCGUCCGUGGCGGCAACAACUGGCAAAGGGAAGAAGCAGCCCAUCAAGGACAACAAGCUCAAGGCCAUCACGGUACGCCGCAAGUUGGUCGACUUAGCCAAAGCCCAGAGCGAAGAGAUCGAGUUUAUGCGUCAGGAGCUAGAUAAGAUCCGCCGCCGGACCUUUCCCAGCUUUGUGCAGCCUAUGCAAGCCCCCAACGACGACGACGACGACGCCGACAACUUUGGAUAAUAGCGUACUAUGGACUAAAAUAGUGUAUAAACGAGAGAGUGUAUGUGCAA